AUGCAGUUCCUCACUUCACUCCUCUUGCUGCUCCCAUUCUGUGCAUAUCAGGUGACAGUCCAUGCACAAGCACACGAGCCGGGGACAUCUUCCUGCACAGACACGCAUAUCUUCCUCGCCCGAGGUCUGAACGAAGACUAUCCAGGUCGACAAUCAGACUUGGCAACAGAGCUAGCCGAAGUCCUGUAUCAGUCUCCGAACAGUUCAAGCUAUGAAGAUAUCAUGUACACCAGCUCUUUCGAGGCGAAUUACUGUGAUUCGAUCUUCGAGGGUGUCGUGAAUGGCAAGGCGCAGAUGAUAGCGUAUAAUGAGCGUUGCCCGAAGUCAAAGUUGGUUGUGAGUGGGUACUCUCAAGGCGCGUAUGUGGUGGGCGAUAUGUUUGCUGGUGGGGGUGGGACAUUUGGAAAUUGCGUUCAAGGCAGUAAUGAGGGACUGGAUAUCAAUUCAGAUGCUGGAAAAAUGGUUACCGCCAUUCUGAUAUGGGGAUCGAGACGCCACACUGCAUCUCAACCAUACAACACAUUUUCUGGCGCCGAAAAGAACGGCACUUAUCCCCGACCAGCUUCUCAACUUGAGACAUUGAAGCAGUGGACACCUGUCCUACGAGAUUAUUGUGUUGCCACGGAUCCCAAUUGUGCAGGUGGGAAUGUAAAUGAAGACCAUUGGAAUUAUUUCGAACUGUACACGGAUCAGGCCGCUCAGUGGAUCAAGAAUCAGGUGGACAACAACAUCACGGUUGCGUCGGUGGUGGCGCCUUCGGACAGUACUGCAUCAUCCACCACUCAGUCUACUAUCACCAGUUCUGCAACGCCAGGCAUGACAGGGACGUCAACUUCAUCAUUGACAAAUUCAGCCACUUCGUCGAGUUCAGCUUCGACCUCCUCGUCCGGAAGUGCGGCUUCAACGUCUUAUACGGUCAACAUGAUCGGUCUUGCAAUAGCGGGAAUAUUUGCUGCCUCCAUCUAG